GCGUGCAUCCCAUGGAGGCGGGGUCAGCCUGGUACGUCUGCUGUUGCUGUACGCGAGUGAAAUGUAGAUUUUUAGACCAAAACAUCAGAUUGUCAUUAAAUUAAAGUCCGUCAGUCCGCGCAGAGAGCGCGUUCACACAGGCACCGACCCGGGAAACAGACGGUAAACAGCAGGACGGCUGCCUCUGCGGGGAAAAUGUCUGCGGGCUCCGGGAACAGAAACACGAACGCGGAACCGUGGGGAAGCUUCGAUGAUAACCUCAUCCAGGGCGGCGGCUCGGCCGUCAUCGACAUGGAGAACAUGGACGACACGUCGGGCUCCAGCUUCGAGGACAUGGGAGAGAUGCACCAGAGGAUGAAGGAGGAGGAGGAGGUGGCCGAGGAGGCGGCCGCCACCGAGGACGACACCACCGAGGACGGAGAGUUCCUGGGCAUGAAGGGGUUAAAGGGUCAGCUGGGCCGACAGGUGGCCGACGAGGUGUGGCAGGCGGGGAAGCGUCAGGCCUCCAAAGCCUUCAACCUGUACGCCAACAUCGACAUCCUGCGGCCGUACUUUGACGUGGAGCCGGUGCAGGUCCGUAGCAGGCUGAUCGAGUCCAUGAUCCCUAUCCGCAUGAUCAACUUCCCUCAGAAGAUCGCAGGUGAGCUGUACGGUCCUCUGAUGCUCGUCUUCACUCUGGUGGCCAUCCUGCUGCAGGGCAUGAAGACGUCAGAAACCGUCAUUACAGAGGGGACUCUGAUGGGUACGGCUAUAGGAACGUGUUUUGGUUACUGGCUCGGUGUUUCCUCCUUCAUCUACUUCCUGGCGUACCUGGUCAACGCUCAGAUCACCAUGCUGCAGAUGCUCUCCCUGCUGGGUUACGGUCUGUUUGGUCACUGCGUCGUCCUCCUGAUCACCUACAACAUCCACUUCCACUUCCUGUUCUACGUCCUCUGGCUGCUGGUCGGAGGACUGUCCACCCUGCGCAUGGUUGCGGCUCUGCUGUCCCGUACGGUCGGUCAAACUCCUCGUCUCCUCCUCUGCGGGACGCUCUCCGUCCUCCACAUGCUCUUCCUGUUCUACCUGCACUUCGCCUACCACAAACUAGUAGAAGGGCUGCUGGACUCUCUGGAAGGACCCAAGAUGGCUCCCAUGCAGCGGGUGGCCAGAGACGUGCCUGAGCUGACGCUGAACGCCACAGUGAGGAGUCUGGGGACCCUGCUGAAGACCCACUGAGGCCCCAAACACAGGAACACACAGAUGUUUUCGUCAUCAGCUCUGAUUCAUGAUUCUGCAUUAACGUCCGCUGAUGGCGAAGCUUCGAGGUUUCACUCUGAACUCAUCUGUUGAUGUUUGUACAUUUUUUAUUCAGUCUGUCUUUUUGUUUUGGGGGUUUUAUUUUUUGUUAUUUUCAUGUUCAGAUGUAUUUAUAGUUUCUGUACAGACACUCAGUCAAAUAAACUUUAUGGAACUAA